AUGAUUUCUCAUUUUUUAUCACCAUCUAUUACAACCAAUAUCAAUCCAUCAUCUGUUUAUCAACAAAAUCCACCAAGUAUCAUAUCAAAUCCAUCUAAUUAUGCAUAUUCACAACAAUAUCCUUGCUCCUUAUGGUCAUCAUCAUUAGCCAAUGAAACACAACAAUCAUCAAUUGAAACAUGUUAUAAUAAUAAUAAUAAUAAUAAUUUUCAACUAGCUGAUACUUUAUCAACAAAUUCAUUAUAUUCAUCUAAUCCAUGGCAUUUAACACCUCGAUUACCGUGGCCAUCAGUACCUACAAACAUUCCUCUAUCAAGUUUCAAUAAUAAUAUAUUAUUUACUCCAAAAAAAACUGAAUUAACCGUUUGUAAUAGUGGCGGUGAUCAAAGUCUAUCAUCAUCAUCGUCAUUAUCAUUUAAUGAUGAUAUAUCAUUUGAUAAUAGUCAUAUUCCACCACCGAUUAAACCUCGUUCAACAAUACGUACAUUUACAUCAUCCGAUAAUCAAGAACAAUUUAUUCGACCUUCACUAAAACCUCCUCCACCACCACCAGUAAUAGUAUCAUCUACAUCUAAAGAUAUCUUUCCUACAAGAUUAGCUCCACGUCCACCUGUUCGACCACCUUCACACGAUAUUUUAUUACAUAAAGCAAAAGUAGACAAUGAACAGCAACAACAGGUAUCUUAUCAUAUCCACAAUCCCUUUGAUAAUAUUAGCAUUAAAUAUAGUGAUACAAGUGGACGAACAUCUCGUGACAGUUUUGAUUUUGAUACAUCAUCAACACGAACAGAUCUAUUUGAUUUAGAAAUUCAAAAUUUACAAAAUCAAUUAUUAAAUAGUUAUGAUGAAAAUAGAAGUAUUCCAGAACGAGACGAUAAUUUAUCAUCGCCUGCUAUUAUUCAUCAAGAACUUCAACAACGUCGUCGAAUACAACGUCAAAAUGUCAUUAGUGAACUUAUAACAACCGAACGAGAAUAUGUUCGUGAAUUAAGUUUGGUUGUUGAUACAUUUUUAACUCAAACAAAUUCGACAUACCCCGAUGGUGUAAAUCAAGAUCUUAUAUUUGGAAAUAUUAAAGAUAUAUGUCAGUUAUCAAAACGUUUAUUAAACGCUUUGGAAUGUGAAGUUGGUACAAUAUCUACAUCGUCGGAUGAUGAUGAUCAUUGUUGUAUUGGACGAUGUAUUCAACAAUUUAUACCAGAUUUAAAAACGUUAUACGCUGAAUAUUGUCGAAGUCAUGAACGAAUGCAAAUAUAUUUAAGAAAAAUAUUUAUCUCACAGAUUGUAACUUUGUUAUUGAAACCGGUGCAACGAAUUGUUCGUUAUCCCUUAAUAUUAAAUGAACUAUUAAAGAAUACGGACGUUGAUCAUGUUGAUUAUUCAUCAUUAAAAGAGGCCAUCUCUAAUUUGAUCAGUGUGGCAAAUUUUAUUAAUGAAUAUAAACGUCGAAAAGAGAUAGUAAAUAGUAGAUCUAAUGAUCAUUUAAAUGAUGAUGAUGAUGAUAUAGAACCGUAUCAUAUCAGUACAUUUCGUGUCAUAAGAUCAAGUUCUGUACCACCAACACCACCAUCGAUUAAUGAAAUUCGUUCAGUGAGAAAAAAUGAUCAUCGUCAUUCAGUAAUGAUUUAUAAUCAUCCACAACAUCAUCAUGAAAAUUAUCUUCUAGUGUCAAAAUAUCGUCGGGAAAAAGAUGAAGCAUUAACGAAUAAAUUAUACAAAUUAAAUAUGCAUACAAUGAGAAAAAAAUCGGCAAGAAUUAGUAUGCGAUUAUCAAGUGCAUUUGGAUUAACAUCACAUACGAUUGAUGAACGUUUUAAUUAUGAAGAAGCUCGUUUUCGUGCGAUUGAUAAAUUUAUUCGUAUAUUCGUACGUAAUGCGUAUACGUGUAUGGAAUGUUUAAAGGAUGCAUUUGUUGCUCAAGUGGAUGUUGCUGAAGAUUUUGAAGAAUUAUUAAAUGAUAAAGUACCAGAUUUAGUUCAACAGUUUGUUCGUACAAAACGUUCAUUAUUAGAAAAUGCCUUUACAGAAUUUUGCACAAAUGUGGAAAUAUGUGUAGCAAAUCCAUUGAAUACACUGAUUAAAUUAUUUGUUUUACCAACGAGUUUAAUUUCAAAAAGACAUGAUAAAUUACUUGAUUAUGAUAGUGCACAAUCAGCAUACGAAAAAUUGAAAGAUCAACAAUCAAGACAGGCAAAACAAGUGCUAGAUUUGGCUAAAAAGACCUAUGAAGCAUUGAAUUGUCAGUUAUUAGAAGAACUACCGAUAUUAUACGAACAUUCUAGUCAUAUUGUAUGGAUAUGUUUAAAGGCAUUUAUUUGUGGACAUUUACGAUUAAUGCAACAUAUGCGUGCUGGCAUCAAUAUUAUAUUAACACAGACCACAUCUCCGGCAGCAUUGUUAUCAUCAUCGGCAACUUCCGCACAAUUAAGUUGGUUACAAAUUGUUGAACGAUUUACAACGAAAAGUAAUGAAGCAGCUGAGAUGCUGUUUCAUUUAACAAGUACAGCAAAAAAUUUUUCGGAAAAAUUAAAAAGUUUGUCUUCAUCUCGUGCUAACAGUAUUGUAAUUAACGGACCAAUGUCACCAGCAUCAGGCAAUGUCUACGAUAGUGAUAAGGAAAUACCAGUUCAAAACGAUGAAACAAGACGUCUAGUUCGAAAUCGUUAUUUAGAACGUGAUUUGUAUACGGUAAUACGAAAUUAUGUUGCUUCUCGUACAAAUUCAAUGGAAUUAAGUGUACAUAGUGGGGAUCUUGUGGGUGUAAUUAAACAAAAUGAUUCAGAUCCACAAACUUGGUUUGUUGAUAAUGGAUUUGCACGUGGAUUUUUACCAAAGAAUCUUCUUAUCUCAAUAACAUCAUCUGGAAGUUCUGGUUUAGUAUGUCGUACUCCGCCAACGCCUUUACGUAACGAUGUUAUUUCAUCUCCUUCGGUGUCAUUACCAUCGGCUAAUCAAUCAUUAAAAAAUCGUUUUAUAAAUCCAGCGUUUAGUUUCGAUCAAACAUCGUCAUCAGAUAAUACCAAUAGAAAAUUAAUACGAUCUGAUACAGAACCGACACGAAGUUUAAUUAAUACAACGUUUGACUCUCUACAAUCUUCACAACGAGAAAGUAUCUAUUUAAAUGAGCCAAACGUCAGUGAUCAACUAUCAACAAUCUCUCAUGAACAACAUCAAUAUGCAUCAAUUGAUUUUGAAGAUUCUUUUGAGUCACCACCACAAACAUUAAACCAACAGAAUCAAUCGAAAUCAAAUCAAAAUCAAAAUGAUCAUACACAAAUCUAUGUUGCUUUGUAUGACUUUCAAUAUAAAAGUGAUGGAGUUCUAUCAUUGAAUGUGGGUGAUCGUAUGUUAGUGUUAAGAACAGUGGAUGAUGGCGGUAAUAAAGAUUGGUGGUAUGUGGAAAAAUUGAAUGAUGAAAAACAACGUGGCUAUGUACCAGCUAAUUACAUUCAAUCGGCUAGUUCCUAG